AUGGUGAAUAGACCUUGGCCGGUUCUAAAACUAGCAGCAGGUCGUUUGAGGUCCAAUGGAAGCACUGGAAAGGGGACAUCGAGUGAAUCAAAUCCGUCUGAACCUGGAUCUCCCCCACUGUCACCAACAACAAGCAAGACAAGACGAGCUAGUGCCCUCUGGAGGCUUCUCAUACCCCCAAUCAAACUGGGCAUCUCUGCCCAGUUUAAAAGUGAGAACUCAUUUGGUUCACCUCAGGCCGGCAGUGACGCUGGGUUUCGGAACAUGUCAGAACCUGAUUCUACUGCUCCAUUAGAUACACUUGUCGACACCAGUCAUCAUAUCCAAGACAUACCAUUCAAGGCAAGUAUGCUGAACACAGAUAGAGACAAAUCUCUGCCCAGACUACCAUAUUUGCUCUCCCAUUUCCUGAGGCCAGUCAGACGAGGUGAAUUCCCCUCCACACCAAACGUUACACCUACAAGCCGGGAGGGAGAUGACCAACACACAAUCACAUUGGUACCUGUUCAGUCUGGUUGCGAAAUUAUCUACGAGUUUCAACUUUUACAAGCCCCAGACAAACCAAAUCACAAUUCUCAGCUAGCCACAACAGAUUCAAGUAUCAUUGGUCAAUACACCAAUUCUGAUGCUGCUGAAGAACAGCUAUCGGCUGAUAUCAAGGAUAGUCUCGCUCAAAGCCACAUACCCCACCCUCCUCCCCUAUUCUUCACCUCCUCUCAGUUUUGUUCACAGAGUCCAGAUGGUGUACCGCUUGACCAGGACCCCUGUUCAAACAGUCUCCCCAGCUUUGAAGACUUCCAUUCCAGCAGUAUUAACAUGGCUCCAUUGGAGAGUGACAGCAUCAUAGAUAUGUUCAGGUGA